AUGCGUCGACGGGUCCUGCUGGGGGCCGCGGCGGGCGCGGCUGUGUGCCAGGCAGACGACGGGCAGAUCAACGCGUGCUGCCUGUCCAUCUGCGAGGUCGACUUCGGCCCCGACUUCUGCCUGGCCAGCUGCAGGCAGCCCCGCUUCCGGGACGGCGUCGACUGGCGGCGCAGCCGCCUCGCACUGGACGAGGCCGCGGAGGCGCGCAGGCUGCUGCUCCCGGGCUCGCCCCUGCCGGGGGAGCAGCGCGAAUUCCUGACGGAGGCCGCGGCCGUGGGCGCCCGCACGUGUCCGCCCGCAGCCCUGGCGGCGGAGGCGAUGCUGGGCGUGGCGUGGCUGGCCGAGGAGGCUACCAGCUGGGUCGUUGAAUACUUGCGGCGCGUGUCCGACCCUGCUGUGCUGGUGCUCGCUGGAUGGCCAGUCUUCUUUGACGUGCUCAGCGACGGCCUCGGCGCGUACGGGCCCGCCGACUGCGGCGCCUGGCGGGCGGCGGCGGACUCCCUGGCGGCGGCGGAGGCGCGGCGACCUGCUCCGCGCGACGGUGCUCGCCUCGCUGGGGCUGCAGGGCCUGAGGGCGGCACUGUGGAGCGCUGCGGCUUGGCGCAGGGCGGUGGGCUUGCGGCUGGCUAA